AUGCAUGGAGGCUCACUUCGCGGUUGCUCACAUAUUGUUGCAGUCCCAACCCACUUGCAGUGGUUGUGUUGUUUGCGCCGAACUUCUCUGUGGCGGUCUACGGCCGUCACGUCAUCUUCCCGCUAUAAGCUACGUGGCAGCUCAUUGUUUGCGUCUUUUCGCAUUACGGAUCUCGCGUUGUCGUUGGCGGCAGGAAAUGCGACAACUUGGAAACUUGCUCCGAGCGCGCCCCUUUGCUCUAUUGCAGUGAUAAAGAUCGUUGCAGAAGUGUUGAAGAGGAACGGCAUGCGAGGUGCCGUGGCCGGCCUCGUCCUUGGCUGGAGGGCCGUCGGGGGGUACGUUGAUGGUAGCUUCGACGUGGAUGUGGUUUCCUCCACGUGCAGCGAAGCCGUCGGACGGGGGAUGAGCAAGACCGUUCAAGGUUGUUUUGGCAAGGUGCUGCUUGAGCUUGGAGGCAACAACGCUGCUGUCGUUAUGCCCAGUGCUGACCUCAACAUCGUCUUGCCCGCGGUCCUCCUUGGGCCUAUCGGCACCGCCGGUCAGCACUGCACGAUCAUGACAGGCGGCGCGCCUUAUAGCGACCUCGCGAGCCCGCUAUCGCGAUCCUGCACAGGCCUGUCGCAGGGCUUGAGCAGUGACCUGUGGACUGGGGACGUCAGGAAUGUCGAAAAGUGGGCAGGGCCUGCUGGCUCGGACGCUGAGAUUGUCAUUGUCAACCUGUGUGUGUACCACAUGAGUAGUACAGCCUCGGUUAUUGCAGUAACCGGCUGUGCCGUUCCAUAUCUUGUGACGGCUGUGUUAGGCAAGCUGUGUAAACCAGCGCCUGUUCAACACUCCCCCUCGCUAAGUAUCCGAAUGGUUACGCAAGCGGUGUGGAGCAUGGACUCAUCCGCCCCGGUGCUCACGGUGGGCGUGUUCGACGAGCGCGAGCAACCGAUUGAGUGGAGCAACAGCCUGUCGCAGGGCUUGAGCAGUGACCUGUGGACUGGGGACGUCAGGAAUGUCGAAAAGUGGGCAGGGCCUGCUGGCUCGGACGCUGAGAUUGUCAUUGUCAACGUCAGCACGAGCGGUGAGGAGAUCGGGGCUGCGUUUGGCGGGUAA